CGUCCCCCACAGAAAAAAAAAAAGGAAGAGAACAAGAAUAACCUUCAAGGUUCAUCCAGUUGAUCGAACAUGAGCUUAUUGCAUCUCUGUUCUUCUGCAAUUCCCAAAUUCCAGUGCAACACGAACCCUAACCCUAACCCUAGAUUCCAUUUCCCAGUUUUCCCUCUUCUUCAUCUCAACAUCACAAACAAUAGCUUCUCGUCCAGAUUCUCUUGUGGCGUCGCCCAACACGAUCUCAGUGUUUCAUCAUCCACCGAUGUUGUGGUCGAAAGACCAGACACCGAGUUCAAAGAGAGUGUGGAGGAAGGUGGAAUAGAUGGGUUUCUCGAUUUAGAUGCGGAUGAGGUCGAAUUCGAGAAGGUAAAGCCUGCUUCGUCUUCAAGGUUGAAGAAGAAGGAUGAAGAUGAAGAGAGCUCCGAGGACAGGUUCAAGCUAAGAAAUGGAAAGGAGGUUUUCGCAGAGAAGGCAUAUCUGGUGGGUGUUGAAAAAAAGGGGGAUGGAGAAAGUUUGUUCGAUAUAGAAGAAUCACUCGAGGAGCUUGCCCAGCUUGCCGACACUGCUGGGCUCAUGGUGGUUGGUUCGACAUAUCAAAAGCUAGCUUCCCCAAACCCAAGAACAUACAUUGGAUCGGGAAAGGUUUCAGAGAUAAACAGUGCAGUUCAUGCACUAGAUGUUGAGACCGUAAUCUUUGAUGACGAGCUUUCACCAGGACAAUUGCGUAAUCUGGAAAAGGCUUUUGGUGGGGCUAUUCGAGUUUGUGACCGCACUGCCCUUAUCCUCGACAUUUUCAACCAGAGAGCAGCAACUCACGAGGCAGCUUUACAGGUUGCACUAGCACAGAUGGAAUACCAGUUACCUCGGUUAACCAGAAUGUGGACUCACCUUGAGCGUCAAGCAGGAGGGCAGGUGAAGGGUAUGGGAGAGAAACAAAUCGAGGUUGAUAAGCGCAUCCUGCGUACUCAAAUUGGAGUUCUCAAGAAAGAGUUAGAAUCUGUUCGGCAACAUAGAAAGCAGUAUAGAAGCCGGCGGUGUGCUGUACCAGUUCCAGUUGUAUCUUUGGUUGGUUACACAAAUGCUGGGAAGAGUACACUUCUAAACCAAUUGACCGGAGCUAAUGUCCUUGCUGAAAAUCGUUUAUUUGCAACGCUAGAUCCAACUACAAGAAGGGUGCAGAUGGAAAAUGGGAAGGAGUUUCUUCUCACAGAUACUGUCGGUUUUAUACAAAAGUUGCCAACCACCUUGGUAGCAGCUUUCAGGGCAACACUUGAAGAGAUAUCAGAGUCAUCCCUUUUGGUGCAUGUGGUUGACAUCAGCCAUCCUCUGGCGGAGCAACAGGUUGAAGCUGUGGAAAAGGUUCUUUCGGAACUUGAUGUUUCAUCAAUCCCCAAACUGGUUGUCUGGAACAAGGUUGAUAGGGUUAGUGACCCUCAAAAGAUUAAGCGGGAAGCAGAGAAAAGAGGGGAUGUUGUUUGUAUAUCUGCACUGAGUGGACAAGGCCUAGAUGAUUUCUGCAACUAUGUUCAGGAGAAACUCAAGGUUUCGGAUUCGAUGGUCUGGGUUGAAGCUCUCUUGCCAUUUGAUAAAGGGGACCUUUUAAGCACCAUACACAAGGUCGGAAUGGUAGAAGAAACUGAAUACACAGAGAAUGGGACACUGAUCAAGGCACACGUUCCACUUCGUUUUGCUCAGCUGCUUAAGCCGAUGAGACACUUGGUUAAGGCAUAAAGUACACUCUUGAAACAUAUGUCAUGCUGUAUUCAGGUCUUCACAUUUCUCUCAUCUUGUUUUGUGAGAGAAUACAUAAUUCCAGAAUUCAUAUAGUUAUGUUAUCACCAAAGAAGAACCCAUGUUUUAGUUGUAAAUAGUAUAUAAAAAAAACUGUAUUCGACACAACUUGUGUUUCUCAUUGCAGCAGUUCAUUGAAACUUCACCUAAUAUGUGAGUGAAGGCA